AGACCCCCCUUCACGAUCGCCACCGCCACGCUCCUCUCGCUCUCUUACAUUCCGCUCUCUCUCUUCCUCGCUUUACCAACCCAGUUGCGGCGGCGGCGGCGAUGGGGGCGUCUGCAACGGAGGACGUGGAGUUCGUGGAGUACGACCUGGAGGACGACGACGACGGCAUGGACGAGGACGACCAGGCCGCGGCCCGCGCGCUCCCCGUGCCCCACAUCGCCACCCCCGCCGUGGCUCGCACCCGGGGACGCCUCCUCGGCCGCAGCCCCUCCAUCCUCUCCUCCAGCCGCGACCGCUUCGACUCCAUCCCUGGCCCCGGCACCUCCCAGCACGGCCCGCAGCGCUCAAUUGAAGGAUGGAUAAUACUCGUCUCAGGAGUCAAAGAAGAUGCGGAAGAAAGUGAUCUAUUCGAUGCUUUCCGUGACUUUGGUCGUGUCAAGGACUUGCAUUUCAAUCUGGAACGCCGCACUGGAUACGGCAAGGGAUAUGCAUUGGUUGAAUAUGAAAGUUUUGAGGAAGCAAAAACUGCAAUCAAAGCAAUGAAUGGGAGGCAGCUGUUAACAAAGACUAUCCAUGUUGAUUGGGCAUUCAACAGAGGUCCUAUACAGAAGGUCAUCAGUACAAGGCCAUCACGUCCACGAUCUAGGACUCCACCUCGCAGGCUUGCUGCCUUGACAUACUGAGGAGUUGCUACGUCUGCAAUCUCGGAGUAGUCGUCUAUGUUUUUGGUAUUUGCCAGGGAUUGCUAGGUCAUAUACUUGUCUUAACCAUCGUCUUGUGGCAGUAAGUGGUGACUGAACAAAUCGUCUAGAAUAUGUGUCCGUACUAAGCUUGUUGUUAGAGCUUCCAAACUUUGAUCUCGAUGGCUUAAUAUUUGAACUGAAAUCAUCCUGCGUUGAGAGAAGCACUUCCGACAGAAACCAAACAUGCUUAAGAUAUCCUACCUUGCAGAAUUUAUGUUUUCUGUUUCUCAA